GUCUAUUUCUUCCGCACUGGCGCCAUCAUCUUCUGGCAUCAGCCCACCGAAUGGCUUGUCGGCUCCACUAUUUUGGAAGGUGACAAUAGCCAGCCAGCCACUUACGGAGCCAAGCCACUUCUUGCUUUCGCUCUGUCUGCUUUCGCCCUGGUGCACCGCAUCUGCGGCAUGUUUAGGUGGCAACUGAAGUGGGUUGGAGAAGGUGUACUGAACGCAAAAGUGGACCAUGGCGUGGGCGAGUUGCAGAUGGACAGGGAAGACUGGCUUUUUGGUCACAUCCCGUGUUGCCCCGCAACGUCCCUGCAGGAUGUCACGCAAAAUGCCACGAAGGGGCCUGGAGACUGGUUUCACAUCGCCUUUGUUUGGGACUUGGGCGUGGGCUUGGCAGGCCAGGGAAGGACCUAUUUGUGGGUGGAUGGCAUCGAAGCGAUGCCCGCGGAGCUGAAUUCCGAGAGGUUGACGCAUUUCAUUUGGGUGGAUCCCGAAGAAGGGCUGGACCUGGGCGGCAUCCGCAGCCCGAUGAGCCCCGGGGAGUAUAGCCCGCUGCCCUUGAAAAGGACUUUCCUCAUCUCCUUUGCUUAUAUGUUCCUGAAAGGUAACAUCCGAGUCUACACCCGUGCUUUGACCGCUGAACAGGUGCUAGACCAGCCAGCAGCUAGUUUUCUCAGCAUUUCGUUCUUCGGCUCCUGCAGCAUCCGGCAGGUGUAUGAAAUCUACAGCCAAGAGGUGGGAGUGAUUCGAAAAUGGUUCACCAGUGGCGCUGGUUGUCAACAGGACCCGACAUGUGGCAUGACGGAUGACGUUUGCCCAACGCCUUGGUCCUACCGGUAUGUCCGGGAAGUCACGAAUCCCAACGACUUCCGCUAUAAGCUUUUCCCCCGCCGCCCUGCCGCGGAGGCCAACAAAACCUCACAGCUACGGCAUGGAAUUCCGCAUCCUUGUGCAUCUAGACUCCCGGAUCUUUGUUCUCUUUCCGGUACCUCCGAGGACCAUUUCCAGGAUCCGAAAACUAGACCAGAAUCUUGGUACUUUCGGCUACCUUCUGAACUUGGAAAUUUACGUCAAAGAUCAUAG